AUGAAUCUAAGGAAAGCAAAGAUCGCUACCACCAACGAUCCCAAUGCCUUCCCCACGAGGCAACUUCUAAUUCUCGCAAUAUGUCGCUUUUCAGAGCCCAUUGCCUUCAACUCCAUCCUGGCCUACACUUUUGUCAUGGUCAAGGAUUUGGGUAUUGAUGAAAAAGAUGCUUCACUCUAUGCGGGCCUGCUCGUCUCGGCGUACGCUGUCGCCGAGGCCCUGACCUCGAUGGGAUGGGGUGUUCUGUCGGACCGCAUCGGGCGAAAGCCUGUUGUUUUGUUGGGACUUGUGGGCGUGGCCCUCUCGAGUCUGAUUUUUGGUCUGGCCAAGAGUUAUUGGGUUGCCCUGCUGGCAAGGUUUGUGGGUGGCGCGCUCAAUGGAAACGUGUCGGUCAUGCAGACCAUGGUCGCCGAGAUGGUGAAAUUGCCCGAGCAUGAGCCCAAGGCUUAUGCUGUACAGCCUUUUGUGUGGACGCUGGGCGGUAUUAUUGGCUCUGCUAUGGGAGGUUUCCUCGCUCAGCCUGCGGUAUUCUACCCCUCAGUGUUUUCGGAAGAUGGUCUGUUUGGAAGAUAUCCUUAUCUGCUCCCCAAUCUUGUUUCAGUGGCCGUGGUUGUCAUUGCCGUUAUUCAAGGUCUCUUCCUCUUGGAGGAGACCCUCGUGAAGCCCGGCGAUGAGGUACAGAACGGUACUCUCAACUACCAGGAUAUUCCCGUGGUCGACGACUUGGAAUCCAUCGACGAGAGAACUCCUCUCCACCGAUCGCAAAUGCGCAGUUCAAUCUCUCACAGCUCCGUUUCUCGCAGUCGAAGACAUAUGUCUCCUUCCACCAGCCGAUCACGACCGCGCUUCGCCGAGUCCAGUCUGGGAAUGGCUGUUGAGCACGACUUUAUCGACCUUCGACGAUCCUCUUUCGGAACAGUUCACUCUAUCCUACUACCUGAUGAUCUUCUGACUCCCCCGAACGAGGAGCAGGAGAACGAAGGCUCCGAGUCUGGCGAGAAGACUUUCAACUGGACAGUUAUGAUGCUCAUUGUCGCACUGCUCAUUUUCUCGUACCAUCAAAUGGCUGCAAGCAGUCUUCUCGCCACCUAUCUUCUCGAUGAGCCCUCUCAUGUACACGGACACCUUGAUUGGACUGGUGGACUUGGAUACACCGUGCACGACGUCGGAGUGUACCUGGCGGUCAACGGUGUUCUGGGUCUGUUCAUCCAAGCCGUCAUCUUCCCUAUCUUUGUUGCCCGCGUUGGCGUGUGGCACUCCUUCCUCAGCAUGGUUAUCCUUUACCCCGUGUCGUACAUGCUCAUGCCAUUCCUCUCCGCCUUUGCCGAGCCAUGGAUUUCUGUUGGUAUCUACGUCUCUCUUCUCAUGCAGAGUUUCUGUGGUUUGAUCGUGGCACCCGUUACUUUGAUUCUCAUCAAAGACGCCACACCUUCAUCUCGUGUACUUGGCAGAGUUAACGGACUGGCUAUGUCUGGUGCGUGUCUCGCACGUACCGCUGCCCCUCCUCUGGUCGGAGUAUUCUACGCUCUUGCAGGUUCAGCGACAGCAUGGGCUAGUUGCGUUGCUGUUGCACUUAUCGGAGCGUUCCAGCUUGUCUGGGUUCCUCGCCAGACCAUCACCAGGGACGAUAUCGUGGUCGACAAUGCUCUCACCAAGUCGGCGACUACCGAAUCUGGCCGCGGUCGUCGUGGCCGAAACUCAGUUUCUUCAGCGACUCAUGGCUACUGA